ACGAAUAUCACCGACAGUCGCGCGCGUUUGCGACCGUGACACGCACAAGUCGUCUGGCGAGGUCGUUGUCUCGGGACUUGUUUCUGUUUGAACCGAGUCGCUUCUCUCCGGAAUCAAUAUUCGCAUAUGAAGAGCAAAUAUCGCGAGAAAGAAAGAGUGAUCAAAACGAAAGAAAAAGGAAGAUAGAGAUAGAGAGAAAGAGAAAUUUUCGAGUACCGCGCACGGAUUAUCUGUUACAAUCAUCAUGCAACAUAAGGGUCUCAACGGCCGGCUAGCGUUUGCCAUCGCGGCGGCCGCUCUCGGUUCAUCGUUUCAACAUGGGUACAACACCGGUGUGGUUAAUGCGCCACAACAGCUUAUUGAAAAUUGGAUCAGCGAGUUAAAGAUGAAUCGCACGGGCGAGCCAACGAGUCAGACGGAGGUGACGAUGAUCUGGUCGGUGGCGGUAUCGAUAUUCUGCGUCGGUGGAAUGAUAGGAGGUUCCCUGGUGGGCUGGGUAGCGGAUCGUUUCGGCAGAAAGGGUGGUCUACUGUUAAACAACAUUCUGGUAGUGUUGACUGUGAUCUUUGAGGGUAGCGCCAAAGCAGCCAAGAGUUACGAGAUGAUAAUCGUCGGUAGAUUUUUGAUUGGUAUAAACGCUGGCCUGAACGCCGGCCUGGCGCCGAUGUAUCUCGCUGAAAUCUCGCCCGUGCAUCUGCGUGGCGCCGUGGGUACGGUCUAUCAGCUGGUCAUUACCAUCUCAAUCCUGGUGUCGCAAAUCCUCGGCCUGGAGCAAAUUCUUGGUACUGCCGAGCAAUGGCCAUUGCUAUUGUGUUUGACGAUCGUGCCGGCCAUUUUCCAGAUAUGCACGCUACCCCUUUGCCCUGAGAGCCCCAAGUACUUGUUGCUCAGCCGCGGCAAGGACAUGGACGCGCAAAGAGCGCUGUCUUGGUUGCGCGGCACGAUCGAGGUUCAUGACGAGAUGGAAGAGAUGCGUGCGGAAUACGAAUCGGUGAAACUGAUACCAAAGGUCACUGUGCGCGAGCUGUUCGUGAAUCCGGCACUUCGCAUUCCAUUGUUCAUCUCCAUUAUGGUUAUGUUCGCCCAACAGCUGUCCGGUAUCAACGCUGUUAUGUUUUUCUCCACCAAGAUCUUCACGAUGGCGCAGCUAGACAAAACCGCCGCUCAGAACGCUACGAUGGGAGUUGGUGCGAUGAACGUCUUUAUGACUAUUGUCUCACUGAUAUUGGUAGAGAAGGCUGGCAGGAAAACCUUGCUUUUGAUCGGAUUCGCCGGCAUGUUCGUAGAUACCGUUCUGCUCGCCAUUUGUCUUGCAUUCGCUGGAACCUCGCCAGUAGCAGCAUACUUCUCCAUCGUUUUCGUCAUCAUGUUCGUCGUCCUGUUCGCCACCGGACCAGGAAGUAUCCCAUGGUUCUUGGUGUCCGAGUUGUUUAAUCAAGCCGCCCGACCAUCCGCCACCUCCAUCGCCAUCGCCGUCAAUUGGACCGCAAACUUUAUUGUCAGCAUCGGCUUCCUGCCGCUCCAAGAGGCGGUAGGCGCCUAUGUGUUCAUCAUCUUUGCCGCAUUGCAGCUGUUCUUCACGCUCUUCAUAUACAAGAAAGUGCCAGAGACGAAGAACAAGACCAUGGAAGAGAUCAGCAGCAUGUUCAGGCAAAUAUCAUACCAAUGAGAAGCGUAAAUGGGUGAAACAGUUUUUGGAAGCGUAAUCUGUAUCGAUACGAAUGAGUGUGAAUAUGUUCUCUUCUCUCUAUCUCUGUUGAGGAACUCGACGACUUGGCAAAAAUGGCAUGCUACUUUACGGUCUAUCUCUGCGCGCUUCCAACAAUCUAUCUAUGCGCUGUAUUUACCGGAUAGGCAUUCGACACGAACAUUUAUGUGCAAUUGCGAUGUGUCUGUUACGAUGAAACAGCAAUAGUGCCAAUUGAAAAUCCGGGAAUUUUAACUUUUUAUUAUUUAACUAUUUAAUUUUUUUAGAUUUACUAUUAGUUUUAUUUUUUAAUUUGGAAACUCCGUUUUAAAAACUUUAAAUCGAGCAAACCAUUUCUCGAAUAGAGUGAUGGGGUUGCGCGCGCGCAAAUUAUUUUAUGCGUGCCUGGUAAACGUAAUCUUACAAUUAGUUCCUAUAGCAUAGCGAGAAAAAGUUAUCACGAGAGCAAAAUAGAUAAUCGAAACGGCAUGAGACAGUGUGGAAAAUACGAUUCUUUCAUCAAGUCUUCAAUAAAUGAUCUGUUCCUGGCACUAGGAACAACGACGUACGCCAUAAUUACAAUAAUACGAAUGAUUACAACUCUAGUCAUGAAAAGACCUAUAGACCGAGUAUAAUGUUGAAAAAAUCUUACACGUUGGCUGACUUCAUUUUUAUUAUCGAAUGUCCGAUUCGUUUUACAUCGACAAACUCUUAUCGCUUCGCUAGGCGAAUUUUUUAUGCGGUAUCGCGUCAAAUUGUACAUCAUGUUUUAAAGAAAUUAAUAACAAGUAUAAUUGAGAGAUUUCUUUCACAACACAAUGGUUUUAUAAUAGCACGUGAGGAGUUUGUGUUCCUACUAUCGAAUAAUUGCAAUGCAUCAUUACAAAGGAACUUAAAACACUAUUGUAAAAAAAAACAAAAAAAUAUAACAAAGAAUUAUAGUGUGAGUGAAGAGUAUCAACUGCUUUUUUAUGAAAUAAUUUAUAGAAAAAAUUUGAAGAAUAUUUUAUUACGUAAACCGAAGCGCAAAUUUUAUUCGAACAAGAACGAGAAGAAUGGUAUUAGGAUAAUUGUAAAUACACAGGUUGAAAGAUUAGUAUUGUAUAGCCUAGAAAAUAACUAUAUUUAUGUAUCCAUGUAGAGUUGGAUUAACGUUAAGAAGGAAAUAUCGAUGUUAUCACAUUUAAAAAAAAUUAGAUUAAUUUUAAUGAUAACAUACAAUAUGAUGUAUAUGUUAAACGCAACUCAGGAACUUAUGCUGAUCGUUAUUUACUUUGUAAAUUGCAGAUGGAUAUAGUGUAUAUUUAUUUUUACACUGUGUCUACAUCUCUUAAAGAAUACUCAUUUGUAAUACCUGUUUUAGUAUUAACGCGAUAAUGGAUCUGUCACAAAACAGUAAGUAUCUGAGCUUGCUUGAUAAUGAACUAAACAAUUCAAACAUGGUCUUUAUAUAUUGCAUGCGAAAUGUAUUCAAAAUGUUGUUUAAACAAUUAUAUUAUGUGAAAUUUAAUGUUUAUUAUAUGUAUGUUAUCUAGCAGCAAUCUAGGCGAAUAUUAUCCAUUUCAAAUGUAUUAAUCAAAUUAUUCAAUUUCUCUCAAAACUGUAAAUAAUGCAGUGUUCUCAUAUAUCUUGGCUGAUGGAUUGCUAAUUAUUGUAUAAGUUUUUGCAACGCAGUUAUUAGCAUUUAGUUUUAGACGAUUCUUUUAUAAAUAAUUCUAUAAAUUUUUGUAGUGUCAAGUAUUCUGUAUCAAUCAAGAAAAAUAACGCUGUAUUGUGCAAUUUGCUAUUUAAUACGCGAAAAGCUGCUCGCUAUAAUUAUGAAAAUUAAUCAAAAUUUAGUAUUUCUAUUCAUCCGUAUGCAUACAAAAUGUUGUGUUACAAAAUUACAACACGUUUACAAUGCGUUAUAAUUUGAAUGAUACUUGGAUGCCGAUAUAUAUCGUCUAAAUAAAAAAAUGGGAAUAUUAAGAG